UAGGUUCCCUUUUUGGAGCCAAUUUCAACAGUAAUGGGGGUUAUACUUUCUCCAUGCCGGGACUUCCACCAGCUGCCCAUGCCCUUGCUAAAACCACAUUUCUCUUUGAUCACGAUUUUGUUCCUAAUAAAAAGAAACGUGAUCCAUCAAGUUGUCCGGUAUGCGGGCUAGCAAUACCUUUAGGAGACUUGGAGACCCAUUUCAUGCACGAAUUGGAAAGACUCUACAAACUGAGCGGUACUGGCGUCGCUGCUACCAGGAAAAGGGCCAGACCAGAACCAGGCAGACCACCGGCUCUUCCUGGUGAUAGUGGGCCAGAAGGAAGGUGGGAGACAUUUCAGAGGAUAAAAACGAAUCGCCAAGGUCGCUUAAGAAUAAAAAUCCGCAAAAGAAAAUCAGAUGACCUCUGUCCUAUAUGUACUGGCCAUCCCCAUAGGACCCAAGAAGAAAUAAACUUGCAUGUUGAAAGAUGUAUGAGAAAGAAUGCUGUAAAUGAAGAAGACGAAACAGUUGAUGUUGAGGGGGAUUCUGAACUGGAAGAAUGGCACGAAUCUCAGAGACGUAGAACCAGGUCUCUGGUAGGCGGUUUAACAGUGCCUAGUAGCUCUGGAAGGACUACAGACGUGGACAACGAAGGUGACGAUGUUAUAGUUGACGGUGACGAACCAGAAGACAGUACUUUUGGUCCUUCGCAGUAUACUGAGAACGACGUCGUGAUGAAGGAGACUAAAGAAAAAGAAGGGGGACAGUCACAGGUGGCCACGGUGAAUUCCAGUGGCGACGUCGAAGUGAAAGUAGAAAGUGGCGGUCAGCAGUGUGACAGCAACGUGAGCACUUCGGAUGCCGAGCCCAGCAGUAGAGCGCAAAUGAUAGAGGAGCUCAGGAAUAGAAUCCGACAACUGGAAGCGGAAGGGGGGGCCGAACCUGCGAGCACUACGGAAACUGAAGACUAUAAAUGUUUAAUUUGCUUGGAACAUUACAAGAAACCUGUUAUAUCGACUGUGUGCUGGCACGUCCACUGCGAAGAAUGUUGGUUGCACACGCUGGGAAGCAAGAAAGUUUGCCCGCAGUGCAGCAUGAUCACUUCACCCACAGAUCUACGUCGAAUUUUCAUGUAAAUCUAGCAAGAUAUUCAUCAAUGGCGUACAAUCGAAGAUAUUUCAUAACUCACAUAACCUUCGAUAGCGAAAUACCUGGCCAAUUAGAAAAAAUGUGUUGGAUCGCAUACUCGACGUCUCAGAGGGUGUUUCGAUAACAUUUCCUGUUUUUUUUUGAAAUCUUUCCAAGGAAUCCUACGUUGACAGCUUAAUAUUUAGUUCUAACGCUGACGUAUUGAAGCACCAUACUUAUACUUAAAAAGCACUCAUUAGUGAAACAUAGAUAGCUUAGCUGAUUUUAACGGCAUAUAAGGGACGUGCCAAUCAUAGGGCCAACAAGUUUUAACACAGAUAUUACCUACAUCAAUCAAUGAUUGGCCCAUCCCAAAUCCUUAAAUGUUCAUGAUCAAAAUAUAAACUCAUGUUAUUUAUUUUAUUUAUUGAUAUGAAUCAAUUUGACAGUUCGAUACAAAUUCAAACGCUGAUGUAUAUAAAAGUGAUUUACUUAAUUAUUAUAUAGUGAUUCAUGCUUUUUUAUUUCGUACGUUGACACUUUGUUAACUUUUCUCAUCACUAUAAAUAUUUGUGUUAUUUGGAAUUUGUGAAAGCUACUUUCCUUCACAGAGCACUCUGAGUUUGAUGAAACUGAUAUCAAAUUACCCCACAAUUGUUAUCAUUCUAUGUCUUUACCUUAUCACUUCCUACUAUAGUUCUUCCUGAGGUCGAAGAAUAAAAUUUGUUCAAUGUUAAUAUAUAAUAUAUGUAAACUCAAUUUUUAUUGUAAUAUAAAUAUUUAUUUAUGUUGUUUGUACUUUUAACUAUUAUAUUAUUGAAGUUGUAUCAUAUGCCCUAUGUACAUUCUUUGUAGAUACCUAAGA